CCGCUACUGCCCGUGCCCUUGGACAGGCAUGAGCAGAGGGUCCAGUACUGCGUGUUCUGCCACCCCACUGCCCGGUACGGCCUCCCUCCCUCCCCUCAGUCCGCUUAGGUUAAUUAUAACUGACCUAAGUGCCCUCUGACGCUCUGCCUCAGCCGUGCCGGAGACGCAGCCACCAGGUCCAUGUCCCAGCGAUGCUCCCUGAGCACAUGCCCCCGUCCCACCCGGGCCCCUCCGUGCUCCUGCUGCUGCUGCUGCUCCUGCUCCCCACCUCUGCUUUCUUUCCCAACAUCUGGAGCCUUCUGGCUGCUCCCGGCUCCAUCACCCACCAGGACCUGACCGAGGAAGCGGCGCUAAAUGCCACCCUGCAGCUCUUCCUGGACCGGCCACCCCCAGGGCGGCCACCCCUGCAUCUGGAGGACUUUCUGGGCCGUACCCUCCUGGCCGAUGAUCUCUUUGCUGCCUACUUUGGACCUGGCUCUCCGUCCCGUCGGUUCCGAGCAGCCUUGGGGGAGGUGACACGCGCCAAUGCUGCCCAGGACUUCCUGCCGACUUCCAAGAAUGACCCUGACCUGCACUUCGAUGCUGAGCGGUUGAGCCAGGGGCACGCACGAUUGGUGGGGACCCUGCGGGAGAGCCUGGCCGCAGCCCGUGCCCGGGACUACCCAUUGGCCCGCCAGCGCCUUGGGGCUGCGCUGCACGCCUUGCAGGAUUUUUACAGUCACAGCAACUGGGUGGAACUGGGGGCGCAGCAGCCACACCCUCACCUCCUCGGGUCCAGGCAGAAGCUCCAGCGCCUGGCACAAGUGGGUGACCCCACCUGCUCUGACUGUGAAGAAUUGAGCUGUCCCUGGAAUUUGCUGGGCUUUCCACUCCUCACCUCUGGCUACUUUGGAACUCAUCCUCCCAAACCUCCAGGGAAAUGUAGCCAUGGGGGCCAUUUUGACCAGAGCAGCUCUCAGCCACCACGGGGAGGCAUCAACAAAGACAGCACAGCCCCGGGCUUCUCCCCGCACCACGCACUGCACCUCCCAGCUGCAAAUCUGGCCUUUCUGGCAUCCAUCCAGGCCUUCAGCUUCCUGCGGAGCCACCUGGGAGACAAGGGUUUCUCCAGGCUGCUAGACAUCACCCCAGCCUCUGGCCUGAGCUUUGUUCUGGACACCACAGGUAGUAUGGGUGAGGAGAUCAACGCUGCCAAAAUUCAGACUCUCCGCAUCGUGGAACAGCGCCGGGGCAGCCCCAUGGAGCCCAGCUACUAUGUCCUGGUGCCUUUCCAUGACCCAGGGUUUGGUCCGGUCUUUACAACCAGUGAUCCUGACAACUUCUGGCAACAACUCAAUGAGAUCCAUGCCUUGGGGGGUGGAGAUGAACCCGAGAUGUGCCUUUCCGCCCUGGAGCUGGCCCUGCUGCACACACCUCCACUUUCAGACAUCUUUGUCUUCACUGAUGCCUCCCCCAAGGAUGCCUUUCUUACCAACCGAGUGGAAUCCCUGACCCAGGAGCGGCGUUGCAGAGUAACAUUCCUGGUGACUGAAGAUCCAUCAAGAGUUCAGGGUCGAGCUCGACGUGAGAUCUUGUCCCCUUUGCGUUUUGAGCCAUAUGAAGCAGUGGCCCUAGCCUCAGGAGGAGAGGUGAUUUUCACCAAGGACCAGUACAUUCAGGAUGUGGCGGCCAUUGUUGGGGACAGCAUGACUGACCUGGUGACCCUUCCCCUGGAACCUCCUACUGUGGUCCCUGGGAGGCCACUUGUGUUCAGUGUGGAUGGACUGCUUGAGAGGGUCAUAGUUCGGAUCCAUGGAGAUGUCAGCAGCUUCUGGAUCAAGAACCCUGCAGGGGUCUCUCAGGGCCAGGAGGAAGGCAAGGGGCCUCUAGGUUAUACUCGCCGCUUUGGGAAGUUUUGGAUGGUGACGCUGAAUGAUCCCCUACAAAUGGGGACCUGGGAGAUCAAUAUUACAGCUGAGGGCACCCCCCGGGUGAGAGUGCAAGCCCAGACCUCCCUGGACUUCCUCUUCUACUUUGGAAUUCCCAUAGAUGACGGCCCCCAUCCUGGCCUCUACCCUCUGACUCACCCUGUUGCAGGUCUGCAGACCCAGCUCCUAGUAGAAGUUAUUGGACUUCCAUCCAGAGGCAACUUUUCCCACGUCAUCCUUCGAGGGGUGCCAGAGGGGGUUGAGCUGGGCCGAGUGCCUUUGGAGCCCAUGGGACCCAGGGAACGGGGUCUCCUCGCGGCCUCACUACCACUUCUGCCCACCCAGGGGCCCUUCUCCCUAGAGCUGGCAGGCCAGGACGGAGAUGGGCGGGGCCUGUACCGGGCAGCACCACAGCCCUGCACUGUCGUUCCAGUCCUUCUGGAGCUCUAUGGUCCCCAGGGUUUCUUGGCACCAGGCAGCAAGGCCCCUCUCAGUCUCCGCAUUGCCAACUUUGCCAGCCCUCAGGAUCUUGAUCUUAACGCUUCGGUCAACUCUCCUACCUUCACUCUCACCUCCAACAUUUCCAGGGUUCUCCUGGAACCAAAUGAGUCUGCCUGGGGCCGCCUAUGGCUGGAGGUUCCAGACUCAGCCACCCCAGAUUCUGGGGUGAUGGUGACAGUGACUGCGACAGGUCGCAGUCCAGAGUCCCAGACUCAUGCCUUCCUCAGACUCCUGGUGUUGGCCCCAGCCCCACAGGACCAGCUUGCUGUCCUGCCCCAUUCGCCUGGCCCCGCCUUCACAGCCAGCCCAAAGUUUGGUCCUUCCCCUUUGGUGACUCUGGACAGGGCUGAGAGGGAGUUGGCAGGCAACCUCUGGUGGAGCAUAGCGGGAGGGGUGCUGUUCCUGCUUGGCCUGGCAUCCUGGUGACACGACAGCCUCAGAGGACUACCUCCAACACGAUUUCCAAUCUUGCUCUGUUGGUGAGAAGGUAAUAUGGGCCUCAGGAACCUUCCAGCUGGGAUGGAGGCGUUCCUUCGCAUGCACUUGUCCCUUAUCUUUCUCAUCAAAACUGGGAGAGGAAGCAAUGGAUUUCCCAGAGUGCACUUACCCUGACCUUUAGAGGAACCAAACCAAAGAUUCAUUCUUGGAGAAAGUUGUUUUCUAUUUCUCUGGAGCAUCAAUAUUCUACUACUGUUUCAUUCUCUCUGAAGCUCAGGUAGAGGUAUAUGGGGAAAUUGUGUCUGCGAGUUGGGUAGGAGGAUAUUACUAAGGAAGUAUUAUUUUAUAGAACUUUUUAUUUAUAAUUCUGGAGAAGCUAUUUUAUUUUUGUAUUCAAAGUUGGAGGACAAGGGUGAUAGUACAGCGUAAAGCCGCCUUGCACGCGGCUAACCCAGGUUCGAUCCCUGUCAUCCUAUACGGUCCCCUGAACACCGCCAGAAGUAAUUCCUGAGUGCAGAGCCAGGAGUAACCCCUGAGCAUCGCCGGGUGUGACCCAAAAAAGAAAAAAAGAAGUUGAGGUAUAAUUUCAAUAUACGUGUCUUUUCCCCAGGGAUUUAAAAGAAAUAUGUAGGGCAGAGUAAGAACAUAAGACACUGAGAAGAUGAAAUGAAAAUUUCAGGAAUGGAGAAGAAAUUUGUCACCAAGACUAGUUGGCCCACCACGUUUAGCUGUUAAGUCAAGAAAUGAAAUAAGGAGGCUGGGAGUUCUGACUCAACCUCCCAAGUUAUCACCUAAGGGGAAUGAGAAGAAGCCUUCAACGGGGGUAGGGUCCCUACUCCUAUAGGCCGAGCCAUCUUCCCUUUAGACUGAAUGACUUCUUUCUGCUGCCUUGACAACUCCUGGAAAUGAGAAGCUAAACAGUCUGGGAAUCUACUCCUCCCCUGCAGGACUGGGACUUCUCACCUUCCCACCCCACCCCUGCACUCCUCUAACUCCUCUGAUCCCCUCCCCCAUUUAAACACACACUUUUUCUUUUGCUGCUACAAUUCUGCUCCCUUGCCUUACCUUUCAAUCCUGGAUGGCACAGAACUAGCCUUGUUCAAGAGAAAUAGAGAGCACUGGAGAAAAAUUGGCUGUUUUAUGAAAUAUAAACCAACGUUGACCUCAAGUCCCCUCUCUGCCCCCACUUCCCUACAAGUCUAAACUAAAAAUAAACUCACCUUUCACUGAA